AUGAACUCAACAGCACCCCAAAUAAUUGAGAUGGAUUCCGGAUGCGCGAACCAAUCUCAAAACAUAUCGAAAAUAAGCGCAUUUAACCUAAAACCACCCGAUCCUAGUGAAUGUCUCAAUCGAACUGUAGUUAUAGUUCAAGAAAACGAUACAUUUCUCAACUACUCAGGUGCUUUCUUCAGUGAGGCGUUCAUCGAUUUUGACAGGACGUUGAACGAAAGUUUUUUUAAUGCCACGUUCAAAAAUGGAACGUGUAGUGAUGUGCAUUAUAACUUUUGGGCGUUAUCGCUCAUAGUGUUUCCGCUGUUGACGUUGUUCGGUAACGUUUUAGUUAUUUUAAGUGUGGCUAGAGAGCGGAGUCUGCAAACUGCGACGAACUACUUCAUAGUGAGCUUGGCUGUUGCCGAUCUGUUGGUAGCUGUAGUGGUGAUGCCUUUUGGAGUUUAUUAUUUGUUUAAUGGAGUGUGGGGCUUGCCCGCAUUGGUGUGCGACUGCUACAUCGCAAUAGACGUCACGUGUUCCACGUCCAGCAUAUUCAACCUCGUCGCCAUAUCUGUUGACAGGUACAUCGCCGUCACGCAGCCUAUUAAGUACGCGAAACACAAAAGCAACGCCCGCGUCUGGGUCAUGAUUGCCGUCGCGUGGUCGGUGUCCGGUGCGAUCGGCUCCCCCGUGGUGCUGGGCCUCAACAACACGCCUGACCGGAGUCCCGACCAGUGCCUGUUCAACAACACAGACUACGUCAUCUAUUCGUCGCUCGGCUCCUUCUAUAUACCGUGCAUCAUCAUGAUGUUUCUAUACUACAGGAUUUUUGAGGCCAUCCGUCAGCGUGCAAAAAAGCAGCGAGUGGCGAAGAAGACGACAUCCGCAGUGAGCUGCGCCUUGUCGAGCGGCACAGCGGCAGUUGUUAUUGAAAACAUUGCGCAGACGCAUCGCUUCGACGACGUGCCCGAAGACCGGCCCACCAACACCGCCUCCGGCAGCAACGAUGAUGACGAUGACAAUUUCGAUAGGUCGGAAAUGGGGGUGUACGUGGAAGAGCUGGCGAACACGCGCUCCACUAGGUUCAUGCUCGCCGCUGUAGUGGAGGAAACCGGCCUAAUCAUGGCCAACCUAGCUUCUCCCAUACCAAUGAUGGACCCCAACACCAACAAUGACUCUGGAUAUGCUCCCUCCAACAUGGACGUGGACAAAGAGCACACACCACCACCCUCACCUAAGGAAGAGAAGAAGAAAGAAGAGAAGGAGUUGCCUAAGAAACCUGAAUUAAAAAAAAAGCUCAGCCGACUCAGCAACAGCUCCCUCAUCUCAACUCCGAGGCGGAGGUUCAGAUCAGCAGCCUCCGCGGCGAGGUUUACCAUCUUCCGUGCGAACAGAGCUGGCAAGCUCAGAGCCAAGUCGUUUGCGAAGAAGGAGAAGAAAGCCACGCAGACGCUGGCCAUUGUGUUAGGCGUCUUUCUCUUCUGCUGGGCGCCGUUCUUCACCUGCUCGGUCCUGGACGCCAUCUGCACUAAAUUCGGCUUCGACUACUCACCCGGAGUCACCGUGUUUAUCCUCACUACCUGGCUAGGCUACAUAAACUCGUUCCUCAACCCUGUUAUCUACACUAUCUUUAACCCAGAGUUCAGGAAGGCGUUUAGAAAAAUACUGCACUGUUCGUAA